AUGCUCUGCUCCAGGGUAAGACCAUUGGCCUUGAGAGCUCUCUACUUCACAACACUAUCAAACAUCGUGAGACCAUGUCACGCUCAAGGCAUUUCUCAGAUCGACAACCUAAUUCCCUCAUACCAAUUCUACUCCAACUUCACCUCAUCCUUGCCUCCAGCCUACAAAACCAUCAAAGUCAUUGGCCGAGAUGAUAUCGAAAAACUGUACCCUCUCAUCCUCUCGUACAUCACCGACCCAAACAAGGCAAACUCUCUGCGUGAGGUCAUCGUUGACACAUAUGCUUGGCCACACUAUUAUGCCUGUCUUCACGACGAAAGCGAUGAUCUCGUCCGCCAAGAGGGUGGCGAGGAACUAAACGAAAAGCGCCCCAAUCGUCAACUAGAUCACGAGGCUCACUCGACCCUUGAAAGGCAUGUUACUUCUCUUGGCCUCGGAGAUCCAUUAACGACUAAGAUCGUUGAAGCUUUGACUUGGAAGAAGAAAUAUUGGUUGGGUGAAGUCUCGGAGAAAGCAAAGGACUUUGACGACAAUGAAAGAGCGUUUGCUGUUGCUGCACUCAUCGUUAUCUUCUCUCUUUGUGAGAAGGUAUCUGUGCUACGUGUAGCUGAUUUUCCUACGCUCCUCAGAGAGUAUCUGCUCAAAAACAACUAUGGAAAACUUAACCGGUUUGGGUUACAGCAGCUCAAGUCUGUUGAAUUUUUUAAGGAACAUCCUUUGGAUAACAGAGUGUACGAGCAGGUGGAUUUCCUUGAGUAUGUCAGACACUUUGGUAAACUGCCAGCCAUGGAAAGUCUAAGCAUGGAGGGUGUCAUGGAACAAGAAGUCAACGACCUGGUUUCACCCGGAACAACCAAUAUCAAAAAGAUCCAUCUAGACCACUCUGAAAUUUCAGGUUCGACGCUUAGCAAGAUGAUCCGCUCAUCCAAAGUCCUCGAAGAACUCCGAGUUUCCCAAGGUGGUUUGUGGCACCUGUAUUUAGGAGCUUGGAACAUGCGGCCUCAAACCGUUGGUAAAAGUCUGCAUCAACACCGAAGCACUUUGAAAGUUUUGGACUUCGACGUCGCGGACCUUGAUUUUUCGGACGUUCCCUCUUGGGAAAAUAGUAUGCUUGAGGAGCUUGCGGAGAGUGGCGAGGAGUAUUUCAAGCUUGAUAAAGAAUCAAGUACACUUCCUUUUUGGCAGGAGGAUAUUCCAGAUGAUCGGCCUUAUGGUUUCACAAUUGGUUCUCUGCACGAUUUUACCGCCAUGACGCACCUGAGCCUCAAUCUCAAUGCUAUGUUCGGAGCGUGGUAUGAACGAAAAGAACCUCCAUUUCGACUAAUCGAUGCAUUGCCUCCUAAUCUGGAGUAUCUAUGCCUCUAUGGAUAUGUCAAGGGAGAAAACAAAGACGUGGAUAGCCACGUGGAAGAGUUGACGCAGCAUAAUGAGAAGCGUUUUCCUCGUUUGAUGAAGAUCGAAGGAAUAGAGGAGACGGUUCUGGGUGUUGCCAACCUAUAUCUGGACGAUAAUUCUCAGAUGGAAGAUAACCUUUGGCAGUGGCCAGAAUUGAAGUUGGAAUGGGUUGAAGCAUAG